AUGACUGCUCGCGAAACUCCUUGGCAAGAUAUUGCCGAGGCUAAACGUAAGGCUAUCAGUGACUCAAUACCAAAAGAAUGGCGACUAGCCAGUGUCCCCUCGAUAGAAGAACAACGAGAUGUAACCGAGUCAUCUGUAAAAACACAUCUGUCUCGGCGCGAGAUCCAGAUUACUGAGACGGAUGCUUCAGGCAUUGUCCAGAAGACAACGAACGGUGAAUGGAAGGUUGUGGAAGUAACGAAAGCAUUCUGCCAUCGUGCAGCUCUUGCUCAGCAGCUUGUGAAUUGCUUGCAUGAGAUGUUCUUUGAUGCGGCUGUAUCAGACGCUACGCGAUUAGAUGAAUACUAUGCCAGUAAUAAAAAACCAAUCGGGCCGCUGCAUGGAUUGCCAAUCAGUUUAAAGGAUCAAUUUCACGUCAAAGGUGUUGAGACCUCCAUGGCUUACGUAGGGUGGAUUGGCACCUUUGAGGGAAAAAAGGGCACGGGACAAGAAAAGCUCUUCGAAAGUGAGUUGGUCAAAGAGCUCCGGGCUCUAGGUGCAGUGCUCUACUGCAAAACAAGCGUACCCCAAUCCCUCAUGUUUGGCGAGACUGUCAACAAUAUCAUUGGCACCACUACCAAUCCUAAGAACCGAGAAUUAUCAAGCGGAGGCAGCUCGGGUGGCGAGGGCGCACUCAUGGGCUUAUACGGCUCCCCGUUAGGUUUUGGUACAGAUAUUGGCGGCAGCAUCAGGAUUCCAGCAAGCUUCAACGGCCUGUAUGGUAUCAGGCCUUCGUUUGGUCGCUUGCCGUAUGAUGGCAUGGCCAACAGCAUAGAUGGACAAACGAGUGUACUUUCAGUCAAUGGCCCGAUAUCCCACUCCCCUGUAUCACUGAAAUUAGCCUUCAAGGCAUUGUUGAGCCAACAGCCCUGGUUGCGAGACCCACUCUGCUUGGAGCUGCCUUGGCGUGAUGAACAAGCGGCGAAAGUUUCCGAACAAUUCGCUUUUGGCGUCUUGAAGUUCGAUGGCACAGUGACACCACAUCCACCUGUGCGUAGGGCGAUAGACACGGUAGUCAAGGCUCUCGAACAGCAAGGACACCAAAUCUUUGAAUGGCGCCCCCCAGCCCACUCACGAGGUACUUCUCUCUGCGGCAAAGCAUACGUCUAUGAUGGAGGUCAUGAUAUCCACAAGAAUCUUAGGCUUUCUGGCGAGCCAGCUCUGCCUCAGAUUGUAGGGUCUUACGGCAAGGAUGAACCCAACAAGCAAGCCGACGCUACUGCAAUCGCAGCGAACAACGUCGCAAAACGCUCAUUCCAAAAGGAGUACCUUGACUACUGGAACAGCACAUCCACACAAAGUGGGACAGGUCAGCCUGCGGAUGCCUUCAUUAUGCCAAUCGCGCCAUUUGCGGCGGCAAGACAUGGCCGAUAUAGAUACUACGGAUACACAACAAUCAUCAAUACGUUGGACUACACCGCAUGUGCAAUACCAGUCACAAAUAUCGACAAGAAUAUCGAUCGUAUCGACGAGAACUUUCAGCCACUGAGCGAUCUUGACAAGCAAGUUCAUGAAGACUAUGAUCCCGAGAUUUACGAUGGCGCUCAUGUGGGCGUCCAGCUUGUUGGCCGAAGAUUCCAAGAAGAGAAGGUGCUGGCUUUAACGGAAUUGAUUGGCAAUGCUUUGAAGACGUCCGAAGAUGGUGAGCAAGCGAAGCUCUAG